UGCGGAGUUGUCAGCGUGGUUUUCUUUGAUAGUAUUUUCGGAGAACAACAUAGUUGUGCCCUUGUCUUUAAGCGAAAGACGGAACAGUCGUCCCUUUAACAACGUCCGAAAACAUAGCCGCAAUAGCAAUCGGAACCGUCAAAAGAACAACUAUCUCCACUCAGCAGCAUGGGUUUCAAGGAUUUCUUUUCCAAAGGGCCCACCGGAAGGAAUGAUGGAGUCUCUUACAAUCAAGGUCUCAACACAUCGUAUAGCAGUGCCACCAACAGGAGGUACAUGGAAAACAUGAGUGCCAAUGGUUUGCAGUCUACGUACUCACUCCGUCAGCAACAGCCUCAUUCUUCUGGCCGUGCAAUGUCAUUGAGCAGUCGUUCGUUCAGACCAUCGGAGCAGCCACGUACCAUGUCAAUGCGUUCUGGAGUGUACAGCCAGCAGUCUGGUUCCAGAGCGAUGUCGAUGACAAUGUCCUCAAGGCCAAACAGGCCUCCAUCCGUCAGCUCACGGGCAAACUCUCUGACAGCGUCGACACGUGCCUACCAAAAGAACCCUGGUUCAAGAUUGAAUUCCAUGUCGGGCUCUAGAGCGGGUUCCAGAACCGGCUCCAGAGCAAACUCAUUGACUCCGGCCACCGCCGGAAAUCCAUCUCACACAAAAAUCAUCAAGACUACCAAAGAACAAGACUACUCCGGUCGUACAAAGUCAAUCACUACAACAACAAUUGAGAAACGUGGUAAUAUGAAAAUUGUCCGUACUACUGUCAUUCAUCCUUCCGAUCAUCGUAUUAACGAGGAUGCUGAAUUGGAAGAAUUGGCCGAAUUGGAAGAUUUCGAUCAUGACGCCACUCUGGAUGACUAUCGCCACAAUGAUGAGACUGCAAACUACCAUGAAACAGAUGGACAUUUCGACCAUUAUGACUAUCAAAACCAGUAUGACGAAGAUUACAGUGAUAUGAUUGUCAACGAAAAUGGCGGUCAUGGAGAAAAUUAUAAUGAAAGGGAUUAUUACGAGGAUCCCGCCAGAAAUGGAGCUGCUCUCGCAGCGGCUGUUGCUCUCAAUGGUAGUCAAAGGUAUCCUGAUAGACAGCAGCCUCGUGCCCAGGCUCAGAGGAAUACAAGGCCAAAAGCCCCAGGUGUUUCACAGCGUGUUCGUAAGAAUGGAAGGGAAUUUCAAAAUUACGACUCUAAACAAGAAGUCAGGUUCGGAGAGUCGAAAAUUGUCGACGACUUACAAAGCGACAACUAUGAUUAUCCACAUGAUUAUCAAAAUGAGGUCGAUUAUGAGUUAAAUCAGCAGCAAUACCAACCAGCGGUCGCCAGAAAAGCCAAGAACAAGAGCACAAAAGUAUCAAAGCAAAGUUCUAAGCCUGUUAAUGCCAGUAAUAUAAAUUCUCGUAGUGCUCAAAAAAAUCAAGCCAUUACUGCUGCUAAUACGCCAUCUACUGGUGCACCUAUUCCAUCUGGCAGAACAAGAAAGUUGGACCCUCCUCAGAGCACUCGUCUUCAGCAAAGUCCUAUAUCUCAGAAGUCUUUAGAUGCAGAAGGUAUUCCUUCAAAAAAGACUAUUUUUCCAACUGAGAACGAUGUUAUGCUACAUGAAGAACAAAUAUUAUCACCAGCACAAUCAUCUCGUGCGCAUUUCAAUGAUGUGGCUAACGAUGUUAUUUCAGAUGAGAUUUAUGAGGACAAUGUUGGCGAAUAUGAUGACGAGGAGGCUGAUGAUGACGAGGAGGUGAUGGUUGUCACUCCAGAAUUGUCAUCGUCUGAAUCAUUCAAAGAGAGGGCACAAAAGAGAUUGUCAGAAAUUGCAGAAGUUACCGAAACAUAUGACGAUGAUGAAGCCAAUGUAGAAGAAGAUCAAGAUUUCAUGGAGGAGCCGGUAUUGAAUCCUCUUGGACUUGAUACUGCUAUUUCUGCAGGGGUAAACCAUAAGGAUAAAACUUUCAAGGGAAGAGCCACGCUAAAGGAAAAUGCAAACCCUACAAUGGACGGUCCCUCGCCUUUUGUCAAACCUGCCUUUGCUGAAAAUGCAGGAACCACUACCUCUUCCAUUACAUCAGAUGAAAAUUUUGUUGAAGCUCAAGAAGACCUUGUCUCCAAUCCUCCAGCUAUAACGAAUAUCAAUGAUAAAGUCGGUAUCCCAAAGAAACAAUCACGCCCGCUGAAUAAUACAAGUUCUCAACCCCAGCCAUCACAUACUUAUAGAAAUUUGCUAUUUAAUGAAUCGAAAAGGUCUCCAAUUAAGAACAGUAUUCCAAACUUCAAUGGCGUUCACAACGAUUAUGUCAAUGAUGAUUUUGAUAACUUUCCUCAACAGAUAUCUGCUGUAUCAAGCCAGUCAAACUCUCCUGUGAUCAACCAGAAUAAUUUCAACAGUUUUGAUCAGAAUGAAGACGAUUUGUAUACCUCUCCUCCUGAGAGGCAAACUAAGAAGUUGAAACUCAAAUCCGCAUUGAAGAACAGCUCAUCAUCUUUAGCAAGCCCUAUUUCCGAAACAAAUCCCCAAAAUGGUAGAUAUGCUAACGGUCAAAGAAUUAGAGCUCAGUCAAAGAAUGCUGUUUUGUCUCCGAGCGAAACUAGGAAAGAGCUUACCCCAGAGGAAAUGUAUGCGUUGGCUCUGAAAGCAGCGGAGAAAAAAGUUUAUGGUGACCGUCUGAACAGUGUUUAUCCUGACAACGACAUUGACGAUAAUACCAAACUGAAUACGAUGGUGAAUAUGCAAGGCCCUCCUGGGACUGAAUCAGCACAUAUUUCUAACCGUGAUUCUGCUGUUCUGGACAUUCCUGAGCAGGGGCAUUCUGCUUCGCAACCAGGAUUGCCUUAUAAAUCGAAUGCCACGGGUUUAGGCUUUCGUGUCCAUUCUUUGAGGGACGGUAAUUCUUCUUCAAGACAAUCCAAGAAAACGGAUCCCCAAGAAGCAAGCAGAUUAAAGAAAUUUUUCAAACUCGAGCAAAAACAGCAAAGGAAGCAAUGGGAAGAUGAAAGGAAAGCGGCAGCGGAACCUAGGCUAGUGCAGCAGGCACAGCAAAAGGUAGAGAAGGAUGUAAGUAUGAUGCCCGUGAAUCCAGAUGUUGAGUUACAUAUUUUACAACAGCAAGAGCAAGUCAGACUGGAACAGAAUAAGCUGGAGCAGCUCAAAAAGCAGCAGUAUCAACAUCAACAAAUGGGCACACGCGAUUCAAAUCAAGCUCAGCAGUUUGAAUCAAGUCAGGUAUCAAAUGCACCACCUGCCCAAACAGACAUAUUCUCACCGACAACUGAACCCCACACUGCAACUCAAGGUGUAGCGCAAAACCCUCAACAGCUUUCAGCACCUAAAGUACAAGAGCCAGUAGCUCAGCACUUGAUGCAGCCUGCUCCGAAUAAUGAACCAGUCACUGAAGCCACUGAAAAAACAACAGCGGUAGAUGCAUCGCCUAACAGCUCAAGUGCUACUAGCUCGCCAAACAAACUGAGAAUGAAAAUGUUUAGUUUUGGAAAAAAGAAGUCUACACCUGAUCACUAUACCCACAAGAAGCAAACUUCAUUAGUUUCUCAAGAAACACAUCGAUCGAAUGCUUCGGUGGGCCGAAGGGGUAGUGUCGAUGGUAAAAGGAAUAAAUUUUUUUCUUUCGGGUUAGGUGGAUCCUCGCAUGAUGCUGACAUAGCUCCUGUCCAAGGUGUAAAUCAGAUACAAAAGGUGAAGAGUACUUCGGGUCAGGAAAAUGCUGGUUUUGAACUAAAAGACCCAAAUUCCGAUCUUGUCCAAACAGAGCGCCCAGUUCCAAAUUCUCAAAACGUCCCAGAGGCACAACAAGAUAAAAGCGUUUCCAACGCUCAAGUUUACCCUGCUGCUGGAGAAGUUGGAACUGCUCAAGGUAUCGUAAAUGACUCAAUUGGUCCAGAGGUUGAUCACCAAGGAAGCGCCCAACCACAAACUGCAUGGUCUCAGAACGACCAACCACUACAGCCUGCCGAAAUCACCACCAUUCCAGAAGAUGUAAAUGACACACCAACGGCUCUGGGUAACAUUGAAGAGGAAAAUUUUUCUCAGCCUACUUACCCUGGUGCUAAAAUCACAAAUGACAACUUUGUGAGAGGUCCACAGGGAAGCUCAUCGAAUCUGAUUAAAGUUGGCACUGUCAACAGUUCUGUUACCAACGGCUCUGCGUACACGAAUAACAAUCGUUCUGCUGGAAACCGUGAUAGUGUGAACCCUACAGAAAGCAGCAAACUUCCAAACACCGAAGCUCAAAACUAUUCAUUGAGCUCUCCUGGAGUUUUUAAUGCUAAAGCAGAUUACGCACAGGCGCCAAACGGUGAAACAAUUGAAGUGGCGAAACAGCAGCCUGUUACUGAAAGUUCGUCCGCAAGGCAAAAAACAGGUAGGCCUCCAAAAGCUGGCAGGAAGUUCAUGAAAUUUUUCAACUUGUAACCUUAAUUAAUUAGUUUUUGCUCUCAACAUUUUUAUCCAUCUUUUACGUUUUGUUAUAUUUUGUUUUGUUUUGUUGAGUUGUGUUCCUUUGUUUUUCAUUUUGUCUUGUUUUGUGAUAUUUCAAUAUCACUUUGUUUACUUUGUUUAUUGUCUUAUUUAUUUCAUUUAUAAUAUGGUG